AUGCUUUCUGUAUUCGGCCUUCGGACCGUGGCACGGUGCAACUCCACGCUAGCCUCUGGCGGUGCGCGCGCGGCUGCCGCUGCUGGCGGGAAGGCAGGAGCCCAGUACAGCGCACUGCCCAAGUCCGUGCACGCGCUGUAUUUCCAGCCGCUGAAGCUUCCAGUGAAGCACCACGACCUGGUGGCAGACCUGCAGCUGCGUGCGUUUGACAACCAGAGUCUGGACUUCUUCGCGAACUUUGCUCUGCGCGUGGGCUACUACCUGGGCAUCCCGAUGACCGGCCCCAAGCCGUUGCCGACGCGGCGCGAACGCUGGACGGUGAUCCGGGCGCCGUUCGCGCAUGCCAAGUCGAAGGAGAACUUCGAGCGGCACACGCACAAGCGGCUGCUGCGCCUGUGGGACGCCAACCCCGAGGUGGUGGAGAUGUUCCUCAGCUACAUCACCAAGCACAGCAUGGCGGGCGUCGGCAUGAAGUGCAACAUGUUCCAGCGGGAGAGCGUGCAGCUGGCGCAGGAGCUGGCCGACGUGCCGCUCGCGCCGGGCGCGCCACAGACCGCCGACGAGGUUGUCGGCGCGAAGGUCGCAGAGCUCAUGCAGAGCCCCGAGUUCAAGAAACACCUGUAA